AUGAAGGCGUUUCUGUUGAGGUGCUUCGCCCCGCACGGCGCCGACCCAGCGGCGGUGGGAGACCACGACGAGACGACAACCACCACCACGGCCAAAAACCCGUCGAGGAGGACAGAGAAGAGGUCGAUGCGGCGGGUGCAGAGCUCCACGGCGCGUCUCCGCACUCUCCCCCUGGACGACCUGUCCCGCACCCUGGCAUCGUCCGGCAUGCACGCCUUCACGCUCGCCGAGCUCCGGCUCGCCACCCGCAACUUCUCCCGGAGCAACUUCGUCGGAGAGGGAGGGUUCGGGCCAGUCUACAAGGGGUUCCUCGACGACAGCAUCGUUCCCGGGAUCGAGCCGCAGCACGUGGCCGUCAAGUACCUGGAGGUCGAGGGGCCGGACGGGCACCGGCAGUGGCUGGCGGAGGUGCUCUACCUCGGCAUGCAGCUCAGCCACCCGCACCUCGUCAAGCUCCUCGGGUACUGCUGCCAGGAUCGUCAUAGGAUGCUCGUCUACGAGUUCAUGGCCAGGGGCAGCCUAGAGGACCACCUCUUCAAGAAUUUGCUGGGGGCGACCUUGCCGUGGGCGACGAGGCUGAAGAUCGCGGUGGGAGCGGCCAAGGGGCUGGCCUUCCUGCACGAGGCCAAGACGCCGGUGAUCUAUCGGGACUUCAAGGCCUCAAACAUCCUGCUCGAAGCGGACUACACAGCGAAGUUGUCGGACUUUGGGCUGGCCAAGGAAGGCCCCAUGGUGGGAGAGUCGUGCAUCUGGCCGAGCACCAUCAUGGGCACCAAUGGCUACGCGGCGCCAGAGUACAUCAGCACGGGCCACCUCUCGGCCAGGAGCGACGUGUACAGCUAUGGAGUCGUCCUUCUUGAGAUGCUCACUGGCCGCCGCUCCCUAGACCCGCAGCGACGUGAGAGGGAGCAGAACCUCGUGGACUGGGCGCGGCCCUACUUGCGCCGCCCGGACAGGCUGCACCGGAUCAUGGACCCGAGCCUGGAGGGGAGCUACUCGGAGAAGGCGGCGGAGAUAUCCGCCAUGGUCGCCCACAACUGUCUGCACAGCGUGCCCAGGUCCCGCCCCACAAUGCUUGAAGUCGUCGAGGCACUCGAGCCACUCCUGGACAUGCGCGCGGACGUCCCUGUGGGGGCGUUCGUCUACACGGUGCCGUUGGAGGUUGUCAACGAAAGGGCGGAGGGUUCCAGGGAGAAAGACGGCGGCCGUGGGGCGACGGUCAAGAAGAAAACGUCCUUGUACGCAGACAACGCGCUACAGAGAGUUGACAGGCGCCGGUACGCGAGCUUGGUGGCGCGGAAGGAGAGUCGUGGGUCGCCGAGACAGACAAGGGACAGAGGAGCGUAG